AUUCGUCGACGGUUAUAUCAUUUCCGUAUUUUACUUUUUGAUUUCAUCUUGCAUGCUUCCGGUGGCUUUUUUUGCCGUUGACUGAAUUCUAAAAAUCACCUCCAUUUUUUUCGCCACUUGAGCGAAGCAUCCUUCCACAGCUCUCCCUGAUCCGGUAAACAACGAGGACCAUUGUCGCAUGAGAAGCAGAAUACAAUGAUGUCUGCGGAAAAGCGUCCUGCGCUGGACUCUUUUCGAUCCACCCAGCUGGUCAAACGGCCGAGGUCAGAUUCAAAUCUGGGCGAUGGGAGGGCGGUUGCUGUUGUAAAUAACUCGGCACAGAAUGGAGCUCUUAUACAAGCAAUCCCGCGCACGAGUGGUCUUGAGGCGCCUAUCAUGGAGCUUACAGGUCAUUCAGGAGAGAUUUUUGCUACAAGGUUUGAUCCAACGGGUCAGAAUAUUGCGUCAGGUUCGAUGGAUAGGUCGAUAAUGCUAUGGCGAACAUACGGACAAUGCGAGAACUACGGCGUAAUCACUGGGCACAAGGGAGCGGUUCUAGAUUUACACUGGUCACGAGAUUCGAAAAUCAUUUUCACGGCAUCCGCAGACAUGACCCUUGCCAGUUGGGAUGCCGAAUCUGGGCAAAGAAUACGUCGACACGCCGGACACGAGGAGAUCAUCAAUUGCCUCGACGUCAGCAGAAGGGGCCAAGAAUUGCUAAUAAGUGGCAGCGACGACGGGUGCGUGGGAAUAUGGGACCCGCGACAAAAGGACGCGAUUGACUUUUUGGAGUCUGAGAUGCCUGUCACGGCCGUCGCGCUGGCAGAGGCCGGCAACGAGAUUUACAGCGGCGGCAUUGAUAAUGACAUUCAUGUCUGGGAUAUAAGAAAAUGCGCCAUUACAUAUUCCAUGGUGGGUCACACGGAUACGAUCUCCUCGCUCCAGAUCUCGCCGGAUUCGCAAACACUUCUUUCCAAUUCGCAUGAUUCGACCGUGCGCACGUGGGAUAUCCGGCCUUUCGCGCCGGUUGAUAGACAUAUCAAGACCUUCGAUGGCGCGCCAGUUGGGUUGGAGAAGAAUCUGAUCCGAGCUAGUUGGAAUCCAACUGGGGAGAGGAUUGCGGCUGGCAGCGGUGACAGAAGCGUUGUCGUGUGGGAUGUGAAGUCGGGCAAGUUGCUCUAUAAACUGCCGGGUCAUAAGGGUACUGUGAAUGACGUGCGAUUUUCACCUAGCGAGGAACCAAUAAUUGUCUCCGGCUCCUCUGAUAGAAAUCUCAUGCUUGGAGAACUAGGGAAGUAAAACAGCAGGUGUGAUAAUCGUUACGAAUCGUUUUAUCCAUUCCUUGAUUUUCUAGCAUGUUGAAAUGAUCUAUAUCAAGCGCGACCAGGGAAUUUAAUCUUGACCACCCUCUGUAUGUCUCACAAUCUCAAAAUGUUACAGCCACUGUCUCUGAUGUUUGUGCCAACUUCCUUUCCUUUGAUUCUUAUGUAUGGCCCUCCGAAGCUCAAUGAUUUCCAAAUAUUUGUCCCGCCAUGGUUUCUCCCCUUUCCUUUUUCACUCCUCUGUAAAAUAGAUUUAUAUCAUAUAUCCUCAUGAU